AAGGUCAGGGUAAUUUGACGUUAGCGCCUCCUGUUCUUUGUCGCGGGGUUUGGACUGUAACAGCUGGUUGCGUACCUCUUAAUUUGCCUUUCAGCGUCGUUUGCAAAAGACUGUAGUAUUCCUGUCAAUGUCAAAAGAAGGAAAUACGAAAGUAUUUGCAUCUGGCGAUGGGGGCGCUGCGAGUGGUGAAGAGUCUGCUGGCGAAAUGAUUUGGCCACCGCCAUCAUUCGAUAAAGCUCCAAAAUAUCCUGUCACUAAUCAUACGAGAAAGAAACGUUAUCAUUCUGCUUCAUUUAGUCACUCGGGUGCAAAUGGACUGACAAUUGAUGGGGUCCCUUCUGACCUUCAUACGCUGACUGCUGCAAUUCACAAAGUUCAGCUUUCUGGCAAUCGACUACCAUACGGGAAAAAUAGUAAAAAAUCACGUGAUGGACGCAAAAUACCAAGCAAACGUGGUGGGAAACAUGACGACCCUACUGACGUCCUGGAUGAAAUUGAACUUGACCCUGAAGAUCCAGACUUCGAUUCCGACGAAGAUGCACGUGUUACGUUUGAUGAGGUCCAGCCAACCCUAUCCGAUGAAGUUUUCGAGAAAACAUUCUCUUCUUUGAUGAACGAGUUCUUCAUACAUGGCAAGACGCAGGAGGUCAUUGAUGCCCUUUCGGAAACGAAUCUUGCAGCGCAUCAACGUCGUCGACUAACAUAUUUGGCCAUCACUCUUGCUAUUCAACAUCGUCAAACACAGUGUGAGCUUACUUCCGAGCUUCUGUCGGAUAUGUGUGGUAAAGUUCUCAAUCACGCUCAUAUUCAACAGGGAUUUCAGCUUGUUCUCAGCGAAAUUGGUGACCUUAUCAUUGAUGUCCCGAAAGCUCCAGAGUAUCUCGGGCGUUUUAUAGCAAGAGCUAUCGCAGAUGAUAUCCUUCCUCCUAAAUUUAUUGAAAUUCAAAGGUGUAUUUUAUCGCAAGUGCCGCCUGGUAGCAGCCCUCCUGGAAACAACGAAACGCUGGGAUCAGAAAACUCAGUUGUAUACGCUAACACUACUACGAAUCAAAUUGAUUCGGGCCUGAAAAAUGUUACUCGACCUGGUACUCGCAACCUCAGUGAUAGCAGCUCUGGUGGAUCAAUCUCUGUGGACAAUUCUAGCAGUGGUAUUGGUUCUGCAUCAAGUCUGGUGACCGUUAAUAUGGUUCGUCCAGACAUAGCACUUCAAGCUUUAAGCAGAGCUGAAAGCAUCUUGACUUUGAGGCAUGCAUUCUCUAGAUUAGAUAAUAUUUGGGGCGUGCCAGCCGGUCCAAAAGCUACGAAGAAACUGGUAAAGAAAAUUGGAAGACUGCUGAAUUCGUUCAUGGAUUCCAAUGAUGUUGAUGAAGCUACAGAAGCUCUGCUGGAAUUAGAUGCUCCACAUUUCCACCAUGAACUAGUUUUUCAGUCUAUCAUAUUAGCCAUCGAAAUAAGUACAGAACUUGCUCGUGAACGUGUUAUUCGCUUGUUGAGUGAAUUGUGUUCUUCAGUAGUUUUGACUAUCGAUCAGUUGACUUUGGGUGUUAAACGUGUCUAUGCUGAGUUACCAGAUUUACAGUUAGAUGUACCUGCUGCCUACAGUCUAAUGGAAUUAUUUAUGAAUAGUGCUGUUAAGGCUGGUUUUAUGCCGAGAAAAUUAGCUAACGAGUUUACUGCUAAGUAAGUCUAUGUCAUGUUCCGUGUAAUAACUGUAAUAACUUGACGUCGAUCAAGUGUGUUAACAUUUAUUGCAAAAUGUUUUUAGGGUUAACUUUAUCAUAACAGAUAGAUAUGCCCUUUUGCAAAAAAAUUACUCAAUACUUUUUUUCAAUUAAAUUCUCUCCAUUGUAAUAAUUUUCAUAUAGUCUGGUGUUAUAUUCUACGCAUAUUAUCUGUUUAGUUAUAUAUUUGCUGCAUAAAAUUCUGAGUUGCCCUUCUAUACCCUGAGGAUUUGACUAUCAACUAGCAGGUUCACUGGUAUAAAUUCUCUUAUCGUUUUCUUCUACUUGAGGAGUAUAGCAUUCCUUCACAUAAUAGUUGCGUGAGUAAAAAUCUAGUUGCUGCUAACUCAACGUGGUCGACUGCACUUAUUGAAUACUAAUAUGUUCAGUAUUUUAAUUAAGGGAUUACGAAACUGUGACUCAGUUAUCUAGUCACAGAUCUGUACCCUGGUGUACCUACCGAGGAUUAAACAGUUAGGCAUUAUCAUAAACCCUAAUCCCUUAAGAGUAGCUCAUCGUCUAGUGAACGAACUGUACACCACCAUCAACAACCAACCACAGAUCAUAAAAUGGAACCACCUUAGUAAAAGUGAACAUUCUACACUAAAAACUUUAUUCAUCGCUAAAGAAAUACUGUGCGAAGUAACUUCAUUUGCACACAUUAAGAUUGUAAUAAUUUUCCCCGAGUUUUCACGACUCAUUACUGCAUUUAAUAGUCUAGUCAUAUGGCUAUGUAUAGUCUAGCGGAUCUGCGAUUCGUUGGUCUCAGUGCUCAUAUUACGGGUUCGAACCCUACUCCAUCUGUCAAGACCUUGACAGUUAAGUGUGGCUCACUGCCUAAUGCACGAAUGUGCUCAUAGUUGUUUAGGUACAUUUCAUUUUUGUUUGCAUAUUUGACGUAUGUCAUUAAUGAACUAACCUUUUCACUUAUUUCUGUCGUCUACUAUUCCUGCAUAUCAUUAAGUAAACCUCCUCAGUUGUGGUGAAGCAGUUCUAAAGACGAUUUUUAAAGUAUCAUCAAACUAUUGACAACCUGUAUUCUUAUCUACUAUUGGUUUUCUUUCAGACCUCGAAAACGUUUUAUCUCAGAAACGGAUUCAUUAUACAGAACUAAUAAAACUCAACCCUGGUGAACGGAUAUCUCGAGAGGCCAUUCAUAAAUGGGCCCGGUGAUCGCUUUUGUUGUUAAAUUCAAGGAUUUAGCUCCACUUCAGUGGAAUUUUUCUCAUUACUACUGUUAUAUAUUCCUUCGAACACACUUUCGUUCUACACCUUUUUCACCAAUUUUGUAUCUGACAGUUUUGAUAUGAUGUGAGGUAUCUUCCGGUUGUUGUUUGUCGCUGCUGGUCAAUUAUUUAUUGACACGCAUUUCCUUCGUAUAAACGCUAGAAAACUCCUUUUUUGUUUUGUCUCUAGUGUUUUGUUACGCAGUGCCCCCUAUCGUACUUUGUCGGUACAGCGUCCUGGUUUUCUUCUCUCUGUCAUAUUAUGCUCUGUCAAGCUAUUUCUUUCAACGUUUGUUGAUAAAUCACCUUAAAUCAUGUCAAUAUUUCCUCUCUGUGCCUAAAUACAAAAUAAUAAGCGGAU